AUGUACCCACAAGAGUACGUCCAGCAAACUCUCCAAGCCUCGGAAGCCACACCCACGACACACCACCACCAUUACACCGACUACCAGGGAGCACCAAACGUCCAGCCGACAAUGAAAUCUAUCUAUCUAGGCUGUCGACAUGAGCUAGACUUGAGCGUGAGUCUUGGAGCUCUCAGUGUUGAUGGCAAUGAAAAUAUCCACAUAGAUAACUCUCGUCCAGGAGUCUCCAUCCUCAUCCAUCCUCGUUGGUGUCCGAACUGUCUCCUCCAUCGCCAACAAGCCAUCCAGGAGAACUUCUCGAGGCGAUGGACCAUUCCACCACCAGCCGACAGAGAACAGGCGCGCAUCCAGCAAAAGAACGCGGACUUCGCACGCGGAGUCAUGGAUGGUCGAAUCCUGGCGUUGUCUGAGCCGAUCGUUGACCACCCUGAUCUUCUACUGACGGAACAGCAGAAUGCUGAGAGACUCAAUGCUAAAAUUGAACAGAAGCUCGUGAAUAUGUUCGCUGCAUCGAGUUUGGCUCCUUUUGAUGAGGGAUGGACUCCGCAAAUGAGGGACAUGGUGCAGUUCUCUCAAUCCGAUAAGCACUUCAAGAAGGGUAUUAAAGAAGGGGUUGAGAUACAACUCGAUUUUGAGAAGAGUGUAUUGGAGGCGAACACAGAGGGGGAGAGGGAGAUGAGAUUGGGGAACGCACUUUAUUAA